AUGCCUUCACAUAGUCCCCUAAAAACAGAGGAAGCCAAUGCGGCCAGCUGGGAAGCGGCCAAGGGCGCCGGCAUGGGAGCUGCGAAAUGGGGAGCCGGAGCUGUUGUUCUCGCUGCGAUCGGCCAUGUCUGGUCGCCCGUCUACCGAGGCACCACAGUGCAGUUUAAAGUAUUCGUUCAAAUGUCCGCCAUGGUUCUUGGCGGCAUGAUUGAGGCAGACCACAGCCUCCGUCUGUACGAGUACCAGAUGCGCAUGCAAAGGCGCGUCCAAAGGGAGCAGGCCAAGUGGGAGCGCUACCAGGACGAGUUCAUCCAGGCCAACAACAACAAAAAAUGA